ACUAUGAUUGCUUGCGUUGAAGAGCUAUAACAGCUUGCUCUUUGAGGUUAGGGUUUUCAGUUGCAGAUUCGUUAUCUUUCGAUCAACCAUCGAAGAGAGGGAGUGUCUGACAUUGAAAUGGCGAAAGGGGUGGAUUUUAAAAUUUUCAACACUAUGACUAAGACAAUGGAGGUUUUCAAGCCCCUAGUCCCUGGCAAAGUCCGCAUGUAUGUGUGUGGCGUAACCUCCUACGAUUUAAGCCACAUCGGUCAUGCUCGCGCCGCCGUCGUCUUCGAUGUCCUCUACAGAUAUCUGCAACACUUAGGUUAUGAAGUUACUUAUGUGAGAAAUUUUACAGAUAUUGAUGACAAGAUAAUUCGUAGAGCAAAUGAGCUUGGUGAGGAUCCAUUAUCUUUAAGCAAAAGAUAUUGCCAGGAAUAUCUUGUUGACAUGGACAGUCUGCAAUGCCUCCAUCCUACGUACCAGCCACGUGUUACUGACCACAUGGAAGAGAUCAUCGACAUGAUUAAACAAAUCAUCGAUAAUGGCUUUGCAUAUGACAUUGAAGGAGAUGUGUUCUUUGCUGUUGAUAAAUUCCCGAAUUAUGGUCAGUUGUCUGGGCAGAAACUGGAAAAUACAAGAGCUGGUGAACGUGUUGCUGUUGACACAAGAAAACGUAAUCCUGCUGACUUUGCAUUAUGGAAGGCUGCAAAGCCAGAUGAGCCAAGCUGGAAGAGCCCAUGGGGUGAUGGACGACCAGGGUGGCACAUAGAGUGCAGUGCAAUGAGUGCUCACUAUCUGACCUCCAAGUUUGACAUCCAUGGUGGUGGAAGUGAUUUAGCUUUCCCUCAUCAUGAAAAUGAGAUUGCACAGAGUGCUGCUGCGCGCCAAGAGAGCCAUGUGAGUUAUUGGAUGCAUAAUGGGCAUGUUACUAAUAACAAUGAGAAAAUGUCGAAGUCUCUGGGGAACUUUUUCACAAUUCGUCAGGUUACUGAACGGUACCAUCCACUGGCUUUGAGAUACUUUUUGAUGAGUGCACACUACCGCUCUCCCCUCAAUUACACUGUUUUGCAGCUGGAAAGUGCUUCAGAUGCCAUAUUUUACAUUUAUCAGACAUUGCAUGAUUGUGAGGAGGCCUUGUCAUUGUUUCAAGAUGGAAGCCAGGAGGGUGUGGGACUGAAUGUCAAGAAGGUAGGAAUUACUGCUGAUGCGCAAAAAUGCAUCAAUAAACUACGUGAAGAGUUUGAGUCCAAAAUGUCAGAUGAUUUAAGCACUUCACAUAUCUUGAUUGGUGCUUUCCAAGAAGCCUUGAAGUUCAUAAAUAGUUCUUUAAGUAUGAUCAAGAAGAAACAACAAAAACAACAACAACUAUCAUUGAUUCAAUCCCUGACUGAAAUAGAGAAAGAAGCUAAGUUAAUUCUGAAAAUUUUGGGGCUACUUCCCCCUUGCACUUAUGUUGAGGUUUUGCAGCAGCUAAAAGACAAGGCGCUGAAGAGGGCUGGCCUAACAGAGCAGGAUGUGUUGAGCUUUAUUGAGGAAAGAGCAAUGGCAAGGAAAAACAAGGAUUUUUCGAGAAGUGAUCAAAUCAGGGCUGAUUUGACUGCAAAAGGCAUUGCGCUUAUGGAUGUGGGCAAGGAAACAGUUUGGCGACCAUGUGUCCCUGUUGAAGCAGAACAGGAUGCGCCAUCUGUUGUAGCAGAACAAAAGCAAAACCCACUACCAGCUGCAUCAAGUUGAUGAACAGCCUUGUUCUGGCUUUAGCACAGUUGUAGAAGAGCAAAACCCCAGCUGCGAAAAUGAUACCAUAAAUGUUUUUACACUAGUUAAACCAUUUUUAUACUAUUUAUGUUGUAACAUUGGGGAGCUUUAACUUAUUGUGACCUUGUGACAGGCGAUAUAGAAUUCAACCUUUCUUUUUUCUUUUUGGCGGUUGCAAUACAGAAAUACGUUCGUCUGCUCUAA